GGGAGGAGGAGCUCCCUCUUUGGCCAUGAGGUGCGAACGUGAAAAGGAGCUGGGUUGGAAGCACAGACUUCAUUUCAAAGCUGGUCCUGUCCCUCCUAGCAGCCACAACACUACUCAGAAAUUCAGUGCCUGCGCACCCUCUCCCUCAACCACUAAACUUCAAGACUUACAAACUCUAACUCAAUGCUUUCCCCCUGUCCUCUCUGGGAAUAAGGCAUUUUCUCCCCAUUUUUCUUUUCUCCCCUCCCCCACCCUUGUCUCCCCCCUCCCCCACCCCUUUGCUUUCCUCCUUUCCUCCUUUUCUCUUUGGAGAAUUUCAUGAUUCCUUUAGCUGUUUUCUGGGAUCCCAAGGACCCUCACCUCUUUCCACAAACAACUGGAUUCUGCUCUGGUGUUUGCUUGUUUUCCCCCUCUUGUUUUCCUCACAUCUGAUUUAUCUGGGAAGUCUGAUUUUUCUGCCUGAGAGAAAGGAAAUGAAUAGAUGCUGGUGAGAACUAAGAGCAGCAGCAGCAGCAGCAGCCGCCCCAGCAGUGACUUCUGUGAGGAGCCCGUAGGACCUUAGUAGAGGAAUCUGAUCCAAGAAAGGCUGGACGACUGCUCCUGGGAAGAAACUCACUGAUCACUGAGAGGAGAAAAGAAGAGGGAAAGAGUUUCUCCACCUCCUUUAGCUUUCUAGUCUUUCUGACCCUUUCUACCGAGAUUAUGGUUGGCUGCAGUUCUGCAGAGAUGCUGCUGCUGCUUCUGUUUGCUGUGGCAGGCAUCUUCUUCAGCCAGGUGCCUGGAUCCCAGAGUGCAGCCUGUGAACCUGUGCGCAUCCCCCUGUGCAAAUCCCUUCCCUGGAACAUGACUAAGAUGCCCAACCACCUGCACCACAGCACCCAGGCUAAUGCCAUCUUGGCCAUCGAACAGUUUGAAGGCCUCCUAGGAACCCGCUGCAGCCCAGACCUGCUCUUCUUCCUCUGUGCAAUGUAUGCACCUAUCUGUACUAUUGAUUUCCAGCACGAACCCAUCAAGCCUUGCAAGUCUGUGUGUGAGAGAGCUCGGCAGGGGUGUGAGCCGGUCCUCAUCAAAUACCGCCACUCGUGGCCAGAGAGCUUGGCCUGUGAAGAACUGCCAGUGUAUGAUAGGGGUGUCUGCAUCUCUCCUGAGGCCAUAGUCACUGCUGAUGGAGCUGAUUUUCCCAUGGAUUCUAGCAAUGGAAACUGUAGAGGCACCAGCAGUGAACGCUGCAAAUGUAAGCCUGUAAGAGCCACACAGAAGACCUACUUCCGGAACAAUUAUAACUAUGUUAUCCGGGCAAAAGUGAAGGAAGUAAAGACUAAGUGCCAUGACGUCACUGCCAUAGUGGAAGUAAAAGAGAUUCUAAAAUCUUCUUUAGUGAAUAUCCCAAGGGAUACAGUUAAUCUUUAUACAAAUUCAGGUUGCUUGUGCCCUCCACUCAAUGUUAACGAGGAAUAUCUCAUCAUGGGCUAUGAAGAUGAAGAACGCUCUAGGUUGCUCUUGGUGGAAGGUUCGAUAGCUGAGAAAUGGAAGGAUCGUCUUGGUAAAAAAGUUAAGCGUUGGGAUCUGAAGCUUCGUCACAUUGGGUUAAGCAAAACUGAAUCUGGCCCAAGUGAUUCCACCCAGAAGUCUGGCAGGAACAAUAACCAGCGGCAAGCACGUAACUGAAUGUGAAAUGAGAAACAUGAAAACCAAUGGACUCCCUUAUAAGACUUGCAAUGUUGGAGCAGCAAAGGAAAAAUUGCACUAUUGCACGUUAUACUCGAUUGUUUACUACAAAAUCAAAUUGUAACUGAUAUUAGUCUUAAUUUCCCUUCUGUUUUCUGCUUUUUUUGUUUGGGUACAAAAUGUUAAAAUACAUAAAUAUCUAUUCUAUUUCACUAAGCAUGGAGAAAACUUCCCCAAUGAGCUGAAAACCGAAUCCUGGGAUGUUUACUGCAGUUUACAGCAAUCAGGUUAUUGUUGGGGCAUCUGGAUUUGCCAUUUUAUGUCCCAUUUUAGGGACAAAGAGAUGCUUGGCACAUACAGAAGGAUGGGAUCUGAUGUGAAUCAGACUCUGACAGACUGACAACAGCCUCACUUUCUAUAGUUUUUAUCCCUCCUCACAUUCAGGAAACAUUUAGAGAUUAAAAAAUAUAUAUGUACUUAUACAUACACAUAAAACGGCAGUUGGCUAGCAAAUGAUUGUGUAGACAAGGUAGUCAAGCAUAGCAGAGAACUUGUGAAAAAUACAUAGGAAAAUUUAUUCCCAAGAUUAAUGAGAAGCAAAAUAAAUAGCUUUAGAAUCUGAGGGGAGAAGUUUUUAUUCUGACCUUAAAGCACAAUUUUAACCAGUAACUGUUGGUAUUAACAGUAGCAUUUUCCUUUUGGCAAAAGAGUUGACUAAUGAACAUUAGGGAAUGAGUUAUAAUCAGAUAUCUGUUGUUAUCAGUGUAGUUCUGUUUAAUUUGUUUCAUUUUGAACAAACCUCUGGUGUAAGUCUCUCCCCCCCCCCAACCCCCCCAGAACAAAGUAUGGACAUAUAUGCACCCAGAUGUUAUUUUUAAAUAGUUUAAACCUUCUGAGAAAUGUUAGGUAGCUCGCCAAACUGAUAAGAUAAUUUACAGUGUUCUUAGCUUUUUGAUAGCCCAAUCACCCUGCCCAAGUUGUGUCCUUGGUCUCUGAGUCUGUCAGGCUAACAGCUGACCACAUCCAUUGGUGCAUUUCUUGGCUACCAAUGCAGCUUUGUUUCCAUCUGGGCAGGGACAUCACUUCCUAUGCGCUGAUAUUUGGGGUUCUGUAUUUGGGGUUUUUUGUGUGUGUGUGUGUGCAUGUGUGUGUGGGUAUAGCAUGUGAUUUGUUGCAGAUGACUGAAUUACCAGACCUCUCUCUUGGUGCCUGUCUGCACUUUAUCAUUUGAUUUUUGUGGGGGGUGUUCUUGUGUCUAUUCCUACACAAAUAGCCAUGUUUAACGCUCAGUAAUUGUCUAAUAAAAAGGAUUAGAGUUAUCUAGAGAGAUGAUAUUCUGAGUUUUGAACUUUACUGCAUAUUUUCAUUACUUACAGUGCAUUUUGAUCUCUAAGGUAUGCUUCAAACAAGUGAUGCCUUCACUUCCUUCUUCUAGUAGGAUGUUUUAGAGCCUAUGUCAAUCAUUUGGAAGUCCAUCGAUUUUCCUCUGUUGACAUAUUAUAAUGUUAGUAGAAAACUCAACUUUUGAGCUAUUGUAUAUGGAAAAUAAAACACUUAUGAUGCAAA